CGAUGGGCAACGAAGACGGCUUAGAAGACGUGUUUGUUGCCGUCAUUCGUCCAAAGAAUCAAGUCAGCCUUACCUCAAAGGAAUACAAAGCCAAAGCAUAUGAGAUCCUGCUCAAAGAAGUGCCUUUGGAGGGGAAGGAGAAGAAAAGAAAGAAAGUCCUUCUGGCGACGAAGAUUAAACCAGGAGACAAAUCUAGAUCCAUAUUGGAUUAUGUUGAUGAAACAGUGAGACCGAUCUCCAAUAAUCAAAGCUUCAUGGGAAAGCGUGUGGUGCAUAUGAAGAAAUUUAUUCUUGAAGGUGACAAUGAAGGGAAAGAGGCCUCUCUUUUUGUCGUGCCAGUCAGCGUUAAAGACAACAGCAAGUCCAUCCACAACUCCGGGAGCCCCAGUUUUUACUGCUUCCAGGACAUCAUGCGUGUGUGCAGUGAAACCAGCACUCACUUCUGCUCCAUCACCUCCAAGAUGCUCCUGGCUUUGGACAAGUGGUUAGCGGAGCAGCACACCGUGCCUCACGCCAUCCCCGCCCUCUUCAGGCCGGCUCCCGUUGAGCGCGUGAAGACCAACGUAAACAACCCAGCUUACGGCAGCGAUGGUAAACAGAGCGAGGAUGGUCUGCACAUGGGCUACACUGCCCUGGAGAUUAAGAGCAAGAUGAUGUCCCUGGAGAAGGCAGAUAUGUGCAUCCUGAACCCGCUGUUUGGCUCAGAUCUGCAGUACACUAAUCGAGUGGAUAAAGUAAUCAUAAACCCAUACUUUGGGCUUGGAGCACCGGACUACUCCAAGAUCCAGAUUCCUAAAAGGGAGAAAUGGCAACAUGGCCCCAACUGUGUGACAGAAGACAAGGAGCACCAGUGGGUGGAGGACUUUCCUCUUCACCGCAGUGCCUGUGAAGGUGACACAGAUCUGCUUUCUAAGCUUCUUGACAGCGGGUUCUCAGUCAAGCAGCUGGACAGCGAUCACUGGGCUCCCAUACACUACGCCUGCUGGCACGGUAAAGUCGAGGCGACAAAACUGCUGUUAGACAAAGGCAACUGCAAUCCAAACCUGCUGAACGGCCAGCUCAGCUCACCUCUGCACUUUGCAGCCAGAGGAGGCCACGCUGAGAUAGUGAAGCUGCUCCUGCAGCACCCUGAGAUUGAUCGGCACAUCGAGGACCAGCAAAAGAGAUCGCCUCUCCAGGUGUGUGAGGAGAAUAAACAGAACGAAUGGGAGGAGACGAUAAAACUCCUGCAGCAAACCAACAGCAAACCAUAUGAAAAGGUGCGAAUAUACCGGAUGGAUGGGUCCUAUCGCUCUGUGGAGCUAAAACACGGCAACAACACAACUGUGCAGCAGAUAAUGGAGGGCAUGCGUCUUUCUCAGGAGACUCAGCAGUACUUCACCAUUUGGAUCUGCUCAGAGAACCUCCACCUGCAGUUGAAGCCGUACCACAAACCUCUGCAGCACCUGCGAAUCUGGACAGAAAUUGUGACGGACUUGACAGUGCUGGAUCCUCAAAGAGAGACGCCUCAGCUCUUCCUUCGCAGGGACGUACGACUCCCACUUGAAAUUGAAAAAAAGGCGGAAGAUCCGCUGGCGAUUCUCAUCCUGUUCGACGAGGCCCGUCACUGCCUCCUGAAGGGUUUCUUUCCAGCACCGGACAGCAAACUGAUCACGCUGGCCAGCCUCCUCCUGCAGAUCAUUUAUGGCAACUAUGAGAGCAAGAAGCACAAACAAGGCUUCCUUAAUGAGGAAAACUUGAAAUCAAUUGUUCCGAUACUAAAAGUAAAAAGCAAAGCAUACCAUUGGACCAACAGGAUUCUUCAUGAAUACAAGGCCCUGAGCACCAGUGAGGGUGUGAGCAAAGAGAUGCACCAUCUGCAGAGACUCUUCUUACAGAACUGCUGGGACAUCCCGACCUACGGAGCAGCUUUCUUCACGGGACAGGUCUACACCAAGGCCAGCGCAAGCAACCACAAAGUCAUUCGUGUGUACGUCGGGGUCAACACGAAGGGACUGCACCUCAUGAACAUGGAAACCAAGGUUCUUCUCAUCAGUUUAGAAUAUGGCACGUUCAUGUGGCAGCUUGGACACGCGGACCAGUACUUCCAGAUACACAGCGGUGACAACAAAAUGAACUUCAUUGUGCACACAAAGCAGUCUGGCCUUAUUGUGAAGCUUUUAAUGAAACUGAGUGGACAUAUGACUCCAAGUGAGAAAGGCCCAACGGAUAAAUACGCCUACGGCUGA